AUGCCAGAGACACUAGAUCCUGGAACUCCGACCAUCACGCCGCCCGUCUCUCCGGGCGGCGUAGAGAGGCGUCGGUCGCGGAACCCUCUCAAGAAUAUGAUGCAACAUCUAACUGUGGAUCCCCCUCCGGCUGAUGAUGUUCGUGAACCCAGGAGAGCUUCCCUCAUACGUCGCAUCAGUUGGGGUCGCAAGAGUCGCAGUCCUUCUGCUCAUUCUGAUAGAUCAGGAGGUCAGCCUCAAGAUCCGAAUCUAUGCACUGCUUGUGCUGGUUGGGCCGCUGACAUUGACUCUACAUUCGAUACCAUGGAUGACUUUUUUACAAGAGCUCUAAAUCCCACUUCUGCAGACACUUUCGAGAACAAGGAGCAUUCUCUAGGCCGACUAAAGGACCUCGAAGAAAACCGCUUCAUCACAAAAUGUCCUCUUUGCAAGCUGUUUCUCUCAGUCCACAUUCCCAGCGAGGGUGAAGGAGACCUAUAUCUCUCUGGCUUUUCCAGCAGAGAUACUAAUUAUCUCAUUGACGACAACACCAUGUUUGAACAAGGCCACGCUUCCAAAAAUAAGAUGAAGGGCGUGAGUCCGGCUUUCCUGGGUGUUGUGCCUAAAAAGAGCGGUGAUGGUGCUUUGAGCUGGGAUGUGAGCGCCGACUGGUUUCGCGGUUCGGGAAUGCUUUACAGAACGUUGCCUGAUGCAGCGCCUACAAAUGAUCUUCUCAGCGCAAGAUCAGAAGGGAGGCAUUCACGAGCAAACUCCAUGUCCGAGAAUAACGGAUGGCAAAAGCGGGGUAUCUGGGGUCGUGAGCUAGAGGAUGUUAUUGAUAUGGGUAUUGGACAGGAGUGGCUACGGUUUUGCGAAUUUUACCACCAGGGACGAUGUGGACGGCGACCAAUUACUCGUGAGAUGCCAGGAUUCAAACUCGUGGACUGUGCAAAGAACCCCCCGCAGGUUGUCUCCGCAUCAAUCCAGGAACGAUACGCGGCAUUGAGUUAUGUAUGGGGAAACACAAAGACAGAGACUUGGCCCAAGGUUGUGUGGGAUGCUGUCAUUGCGUCUAAAGAUCUUGGCAUCAGAUACCUCUGGGUCGAUCGUCUUUGUAUGGAGCAGCUACAACCAGCCGAACGGACGCAGCAGAUCACCAGGAUGGAUGAAAUCUUUGAGGGUGCAAUCCUGGCCAUUGUUGCAGCGUGCGGUGAAGAUGCCGACUAUGGUUUACCUGGAGUAGGCUCAAGAACACGACCACCGCAGCCCAAGUAUGAAUUCGUCAACUCCAACAUCACACUCGUAUCAAGUCUUCCAGAUCCAAGGAUAGCCAUCAAAGACUCAAAGUGGUACCAACGAGGCUGGACUUACCAAGAAGGUCUUCUCGCUCGACGUCGGCUCAUUUUUACAGAUCAGCAAAUGUACUGGGAAUGCGAAGGCAUGUGCUGUCCCGAGUCGCUCAUUCUGCCACUUGAACUUUACCACGAUAUGGAGCAGCAGCGCAUGUUUGACUUUAUGAGGCCUGGUCUGUUUAAUGGCGUGUCUUUUGUCGACGGAAGCUGGGAGCGUUGGAAGAGACUCCCCGGCAAGGUUGAAGACCCAAGCACAUUGAGUAUCUUCCGAGAGGCCGAUCAACAUAUUGGAAACUAUACCCGACGAGAUUUAACCUACGACCACGAUUCGCUGAAUGCUUUCCUCGGUAUUUUGAGGCGUCUAGAGACCACCAUUGGACAUGGGAAAAUGUUCAAUAUCUUGGGCGUUCCGCUCUGGGCGCCACAGCUGGAUCAAGGACCUGCAAUUGUAGGGCUCCCGCGCACGCGCGACAUCUUUGCACUGUCGACAUGUUUCUGGCAUCACAAAGAUGGUGUCAUAGCAACACGCCGUUCACACAUGCCCAGCUGGACUUGGGCUGGCUGGAAGGGACCUGUUGAUAUGUACUCGUCUAUCACGGUGGUUGAUCCAGACAGUAAAGCUAUUCAGCGCAAGUAUAAUCACCAUCACUACGUCACCGCCACACAUGUGUCACGAAACGACCCCAAUUCUAUACGGUGGACAUAUUCUCCCAACAUUGUCCUCGUUAACCGCGAUGGAAGCGUGGCGUAUGACUUUGGCGCUUCAACAACUGUGACAGGCAUGCCCCCUUCUCCACCCAACCUGCAUAUCCGACCCUACGGAAUUCACGUGCCCAAUCCUUUCGUGCUAGAUCGUGUGAAAGCGCGAUCCCACCCCGACGGAUGGAUCUUUAACCGUGUCAGCGUCGACGUGCGGAUGAGUCGCGGUGCGGUAUCGAUGAGGGAGUAUAUUGAGAGGCAUGCUCGAGGUGAACAAAUGACUGUAUUAUGGUUUGUGGAAGAGGCGCUGGUGAUGCUUCUUGUCGUGGAGAGGAUAGAAAGGGAAGGACGGGUCGUGUGGGAGAGAGUGGGAAGGAUGAGGAUGGGAUUUCCUGAAGAGGCAAAAGAGGUGGUCAAGCGAUGCGGACGGUUGGAGAAAUUGGUGGAGGAAUUACCUCUUCGACGGUUAGGAGAGGAUAUUGUCAUUGAGUAG